AUGAAAAGCCACAGUCGUGCGCGGACUGUGAAACAAUGGAAAAAUCGUCUAAAAUGCGGAUCGAUGGCGUUGGUCCAGGUGCUUACAGUGUUGGUGCUACUACUAGCGGGCGUUCUCAUACCCGCCCAGUGUCAGAUGGAGGAAGAUGUGGAAAAUUUCGGUGAUCAGCUCCAUCAUCCGGAUCGCGAUUUCGAGCACGUGGCUGCACCGACCAGUAAGGAAAUCAUCACCAACCACAUCGUGCCGGAUCACGGCGAUGGCGAAGGUGUUGCCGGUGAUUCACACUACAUGGAGGGCGAGCAGAGUGUGGUCGGGUCCGGCGCUCGGUACACGGAGAUCGGUGGAGAUGUGGUGCUGGGUGAGAAAGUGCUCCGAGCGUCCGAGAGUCCUUACUCCAUGCGCACCGACCUGGAGGUUGAACGUCGGGCGCGGCUCAUCAUCGAGGCCGGUGUAACGAUCCACUUCGCACCGAUGGUUGGCAUAACGGUGCGCGGUUCCAUAGUGGCAAUGGGUAAUGCUGAAAAUAGAAUUACGCUCACAACGAUGCCCGACACGGGCUAUAAGGAUGUUCCAUCCGACCCACGCGAAGCCGGUGUAAGACUGGUGGAUGGUCCCAGCCCACUCGCCGGACGACUUCAACUGCUGAACAACGGCAAAUGGCGAUCGGUGUGUUCCAACUCUAAAAACUGGACCAUCGCAGACUACGAAACCACGUGCCGACAGUUGGGCUUCAAGGGAGGCCGGUUCUGGAACUGGAUGGACCGGAUCUCUAACUAUGAACCCAGGUUGCUGUACGAGGAACCGCGCUGUCUCGGUACCGAGAAUUCACUGUUCGACUGUGCCUGGAGCUCGAAACAGGUUGGGUCGGGUGUGUGCGACUACCACAGUGACAUCGGGGUCCAGUGUUUGCCACUGUUCGACCAGGUGACGCCACACUGGCGUGGUCUAAAGUUUGAGAAUGCGGAAAGCAAAGAGACGCUAUCGUACAAUCACGUCCUGUACGAUUCUAUAUCGUUGUCUCAGCUGCGGCACGUUGACAUCGUGCGUGCCGGGACGGGCCGUGGUGGAUCGGCAGAAGCUGCCAUCAGUGUGCUGGGUGUACCGCCGGUGCUGGAGUUCGUAACGAUCGACCACUCGUCCUACACCGGGAUUAAUGUGACGAAACACGACGCUGCGUUUAGCUUCCGUAAUGUGACGGUACGCCAUAGCCGAGGGUUCGGCAUCUUCUUGAACUCGAGCUACGGAUCUGCCCAUCUCGAGGGUGUUACCGUGAGCGAGAACGGUGCCGAUGGGAUUCGCUACGUGGGACAUGAUUUGCGAGCGGACGAACGGACGGAUCGUAGCAAAGUGUUCGAUUUCUGUACGCUUACCUCAACGGCUUGGCAGAUCUAUCCGUUGCAGCUCUCGUUCGAACAGUCACCGUUUGCUCUGUCGCCCAAGGAAUGUGCCCGUUCGUUCGAAACUGCGUUUGGGUAUGUGCUGACGAUGCAUUUCGUGUACUUCGAGAUGGCUAGGAACGAAUCGGCUCAGAUCUCCGUGUAUGACGGAAUGUCGGAGAACGAUCGUCUGCUGGCUGCGUGGGAUGUUCGGAACUCCACGCGUCCCCAGAGUGUCACCAGUACGAGGGAAAAACUAUUCAUCAAGCUACGGGCCGAUGCAAGAUCAGCCGUACUGGCACACUUCCGCGUAACAUCCGGUGUUACCAAGGCGUACGAUUUGAAUGUAACGCAGAGCAUGGUGGUGGACAAUGGAGGCCGUGGAAUUGCGGUAGACAAUUUAAGAUCUCAGGUUCAUGUGCACGAGACUACGAUCAGCAACAAUCGGCACGCAGCCGGAUUGCACGUUACAAGCGGUGCGGGUGAUGUUAAUGUGACUCAUUCGACGAUCAACUAUAACCAGGGCGAUGGCAUCAACAUUACGUACUACGGUGGCAACAGGAACGUUUCGCGUAGCUCCAUUGAAGCCAACCGUGGGUACGGGUUUGCCAUAUGGCUCAAUCAAUCAACCACCGAUCGGCAAGAAUUUUUGGAGUUUAACCAAACGACCACGAUCGAGUACUCGACAAUCGGGCGCAAUCUGGAGAUAGGAGUACUGCACGGGAAUUACUGUGGAGAUUCGUGGGUGAACGUAACCGGUAACCUGUUCAACGAUAGUACGAGUGAUGCGGUCGACAUUCAGUCGUGCUGGUUCGAAACUUUAGACAACAAACGUACGCGACUUCAGAUAGGACACAACAACUUUGAACACUCACAUCGUAUCGCUGUGGUACUUAACCCGAUCCUUAACCUUGACGGUAGGAUAGAGUACAACCAUUUUACUCGGGGCCGGUACGGAGCCCUGCUGACUCGCAACAAACCAUUAGAAGAGUUCCGUCCAUUACCAGUACGAUUGCUCGUACAGCAUAAUCACUUCCUUAGCAAUGAAGGUAUCUACGUUGCAUCGUUAGGUCUUUCGCCCAACACCGACAGCAAGACGCAGUGGAUGUUGUUUACGCGAAACUUUGUCAAGGGCAAUCGGGUGAAGGAAGCAUUCGGACCGUUGGAGGAUGAAGGAGAAGGACUUGGUGGUGAGGGUCGUUUGAAUCCCCGAUCACGUGUCGCCGCGCCGGUGGUUAUUUCUUCCAACAAUGUGGACGUCUUCCGGAACAUCAUUUCGAACCAGGAGUCCCGGUACGAGGUCGGAUCACAGCUGUCCGAUCAGAGCAAGGCUUUGAACGUGACGUACAACUGGUUGGGCAAUCAGGACGAGGAAAAGAUUUAUGAUCGAUUGUUCCACAGGAAGGAUCGAUAUGAUCUUGCAAAGAUUGAGUACUUCCCGUACCUUCUUCAUCACUCCAAUCCAGGCACGCAGACAAUCGCCCAAUACCAGAAGUUUGUACCAUUCUUCCAUAAGGAGGGUAGUGAGCGUAUUGGAGGAGAGGUUGACGGGCAGGAGGUACUACCCGCCGGCAGCUAUACAGUGGAGCGUGACAUUAACGUGCGUCCUGGUGGAAAAUUGAUUCUUAACUCAGGCGUUAUCCUUAACUUUGCGCCAAGCGUGGGUAUGAUGGUGACGGGCAAGCUGGAGGCAAGAGGACGUGCUCCGGACGAUAUUCUGUUCACGCUGAAGCGAGAAGCCGUCAUGGUAAACGAUACCACCGAAGCGAUCGUUGACGAUCAAGAGUUUGCCAUGGAUAUCGAGACGGAAUCGAUCGUGGAAAAGAUUCCGCACGAAGCACAAACGCCCAGAGUUCCGGUACGACUCGUGGGCGGUGCAAACGACCACGAAGGACGUCUGCAGGUGUACACGGAGGGUGUAUGGGGCACGGUAUGUGACUACGGGUGGACCAUCACGAAUGCGGCACUCGUGUGUCAUCAGCUUGGGUUGGCACUAAAUCCGAUGGAUUGGCGAUUGCAACGUUCCGAAGUUCCCGGAGCGGGAACGACUGAGGAUGUGCUGCUGUCGAAUGUUCGCUGUACUGAGCACGAUAUAGACAUCGCGAAGUGUCGUGCGGAACGUGCCUCGCAGGGCGAUUUUGAGAACUCUUGCGGACAUGAGCAUGACGUUGGCGUGCGGUGUUACGAAGGUGCCUGGGCUGGACUUCGGUUCGGUGUGCUGGCCGAGCGAGCCGAUCUGCAGUACGUUACGAUCGAGAAGGCAGGUCUAUUCGACUAUGUGACCAAUACCUUCAAGCCUGCACUGCAGAUGGAUCUCGCCCGUCAUAAUCUGGACAGUGUGCGCGUGGUAGAGAACCUGCAGGAUGGAUUGGGCAUCAUCUAUUCCGACAUCUACGCCGGAACUUCGGUGAACAAUGUGAAAAAUUCCGAGUUUUCCGCUAAUCGUGGCAAUGGUAUCAGUAUUAAGCAGCUCGGAUUGAAAGUGCAAGGCAGUAUCAUAAAGGACAACCGGGGAUCGGGUAUCAAUCACGAUCAGGUUGUUUCAUCUCUAGAACAGCGGGAAAUUACUAGCUGGUUCAACAUGGUACCGGACUUUAACGUGGACGAUUCGGAUUAUCGUCCCAUAUUGGUGCCGGAAAGCGCUACCACCAACAUCGACAUUGACCAGUGGCAGAUUAAGCACAUCAUCACCACACCCGUACGAAACGAUCCGAUCGAGCGGAGGAUCAUCAUCCAGUGCCAGCCGGGAUAUGUUAUCGGGAUACAGCUGCUGAAUCCGAUCGAGAAUCGUUCGACGGAAAACAUCUGGAUACACGAUUCGCUCACCGGGAGCACAGAAUCGGACAUCUGGCAGGUCAAGCGUGAUCUGUCGGUAUUCCCAUUGACGACCAGUAGCUACGGUGCGAUCUUACAGUAUCGCAGUGGGACGAAUGCGCUCGGUGGAGCAGUUCUAGUGCUUCGAUCCAUCCAGGCACCGAUACAGAACAUUUACAAUCGUAUAGUGCGCGGCCCAGUGCCAACGCUUCAGAUAUCGUCCACUAAAAUCCAGCGCAACUUCCGCGGUAUUACGGGCACAUACUACAACCGAUACCUGGGUGAGUCAGGUGAAUUGUAUCUUCGGAAAGCGAACGAAUCGAUCAAGCUGAUCAACUGUGAGAUCAGCCACAAUCGGGAAGAAGCAGUGUUCAUCCAUUCGCCGUUCUGGGAUGUGCACGUGAGCAACAUCUCCGAGAUCACGAUACACAUCAACAGCAGUAUGGUUCGAGACAAUGGUCGAGGCAUUAGACAAUUCUCCAAGGAUUUGCGCUCGUCGAACAAUCUAUUCCACUAUGUACUGCAGGACACGACGGUGGAAAGCAACUCUUACGGUGGUCUGGAACUGAGCCUACCGUACGUUUGGCAGUACAACGAAAACUUUACACACUCCGUGUUUCUUGGCAACGAUACGUGGGCAAGAAACCGCAAGUUUGGCAUUCUGAUCGAUGGACACUACGCGGCCAUUAACAUCUCGUCGAACAUCUUCACCGAGAACGUGUGUGCGCAGGGUGUGAUCGGAUUCCGAGGCAUGGAGAAGAAAAUGCGGAUCGAUAACAAUCGGAUCACGCGGAACUAUGGUAGCUAUAUGGUUGAGUUCCGGUCGGACAGUCAGAGCGAGAUACUUGGUGAGAUACCGGCCUUGCUGGCGUUCAAUCAGAUCGAAAGUAAUGAGGAGCUUAAGGAUACACGAUCCUCGAUGAGGAAUUUCAUCCGUGGCGAGCGUAACAAUGCGAACGAUCCGACCUGUGUGAUCGGGUUCGGUGGUGUGCAGAAGGUGCAAAUCUAUCGGAAUGUCAUCUCCAACAACCAACAAGAUUAUGAUUUGAUUGCCGGUGUAAAAUCGGCUCGUUUGCGGAAUUAUCUGGAUGCGCGAGAAAAUUGGUGGGGAAGUGGUGACGAAUUGCACAUUCGUAAGCGCAUCUUUGAUUUCGACGAUUGGAACAAUCACGCGGAAGCACUGUACCGGCCGUACUUGAUAGAGGACGUGAUCGACGGUAGUGUGUCGGUUAGUGAAGGGCCCAGUCCGCCAGUCGAUUUGGAUGCGCUCGGUGGACGCAUUUUGGAAGAUUUAUCAAUCUACCGACGCGAGCAACCGUACGUCAUACGGUCCGACAUUACCGUCAUGCCUGAUGUGACGCUCAGCAUCUUCCCCGGUGUGGUGAUGGAGUUCGCACCGAACGUUGGAAUUCUGGUGCUAGGUACAUUGCUAGCACGCGGUACGAGAGAUGCCGAAGUUGUAAUGAAGCCUAUAGAAAGUGCCUCGGAGGGGAUGCAUCGGGUGGAACGUUCACUGGAGAAUAUGGUUAAUUACGAUUCGAUACGGCUCUGCACCAACCGAAACUGUUCGCAAGGCGAAGGAGAAAGCGAACGGGCGAAGGAAGGUUUCUUGGAAUACUACAACCACACGACACUGCAGUGGAUACCGAUCUGCGAUCGACGGUUCACGGAGCGUAAUGCUCAGGUUGUAUGUCGUGAGCUGGGGUACGAUCCGUUGGACGUAUUCUUCGAUCACGAUCGACGAAUCGAGUUCCACACGAACUCACUGACACGAAUCUGGUCCUGGGUCGAACCAAUGGAGUGUCAUGGCGAUGAGUUACGGCUUGAGGAAUGUCCCGAACGCUUGAAUGGACAACUUUACGGAAGACGACACGAAUGUCAGUGGGAUUCGGAGUUUGUGUUUAUCAGCUGCAAUGGAGAACCGGAGCGGCGGAACUACUGGGGAGGAGUGCGCUUUGCCAAUCAAGACUUCGAAGCGAGCAUGUACGAACAUCGUCUACACGACAGCCUUACACAUUCUACGGCACGGCCACUGGAAAGCGUAAUGGACUUCGUACGCAUACACCGCGCCGGAAUGCUGCACGGUGAGAAGUCACCCGCAAUUCAGACAAUCGCCAAAAAUCCCAGUAUUAGUUCCGUGUCCAUAAGAGACUGUGCGCAUCACGGUGUGAAUCUAAUUUCACCAACGAAUGCAAUACAUCUGAAUCAUUUGCAAAUUUUGCGCAGUCUCGGGCAAGGCAUUAACGCCAUCUCGCUGACUGGAGAAGGACGGGAGAGCGAUGAGUCGAGCUACAGUCCGUUAAAAGAUCUCGAUUUGCCGUACAAUCUGUUCUCGCUGGUGGACAUCUGCGACACCAACAAGGAGAUCACACUAGAGGAGCGGGUGCUGGUGUACUACAAAUAUGACAAUAAUCCGGUCAACUGUGUGAAAAUUUUCAAGAGUGCCUACCGUGUGAAACCACUCGGAUUCCGCCUGUUGCAGUCCAAUCUGUUCAACCACUCGAAGGAGUACGGCCGGCGAGAUAUGAUACAGCUCAUGGAUGGAGAUAUUUACAACGUGUCAGCGCGCCUAAUUGGAACGGUCGAUGCUGAUUCCGACAACCAGAAGCGACUGUUUCGAACGAUCGAACCAGCGCUAAGCGUACGGCUGAUUGCAAGCGGAGCACCGGCACGACACGGCUUCAUCGCGGAAGUGGUUACCCUACCGAUUUCGGCGAUUGGAUUUAAUCGAGAUGCACAGCACAACAUAUCCAACACGGAGAUACAGGGAUGCGUUGGUGGAGCGCUACAGUACACUUCCGUCGGUGAAGUAUCGCCCAUACUGACACUGGAGCGAAACCGAAUCUUGAACAAUUGUCGCCAGCUAUAUGGAAACUUCUCCUCUUGCGAGUCAGCGAUCAGAAUCGACGUGCAGAAUAUGCAAUCGUUACAUUUCAGGAAUAAUCUGAUCCAGUCCAAUCAGGGUGGUAUCUCGAUUCGGGCAGAUUCUCGAGGUUCGGCUACAUCGUUGCGUGGCUGGAUUCAUCACAAUCUCUUCACGCGUAACCGCAACAGGCCAGCGAUCUACGUGGACGGACGCCAAUCUUCCCCGUAUCAGGAGGUAAUCAUACACAACAACUACAUCACACAGAACGAUGCCACCUUCCGGGAUGUGGUUGUGUUGCGGCAGGUCGUUUCAAACUUCACCUACAACUAUGUGCACCGGAACAAGGGUUUGCGGAUAGUGCAGGUGUCUGGGUUCGAUCGCGUGAGACUUCCAAUUUAUCAGACAACCACACACAACGGAUUUUACGACAACGUCGCGACGGAUUGGGAAGGCCGCGCGACUAUUGUCGCUGGAACGGCUGGACAGCAUUAUGUGGAUAAUAUAUUUGCCAAUCCGGACAACGACUACGAAAUCAUAACCGUCAACCGAUCGAUAUUUGAUUUCCAGUACUGGAAUAGCACCCUGGAUGUGUGGAAGACGAAAAUCGACGCCCGGCAUAAUUAUUGGAGCUACAACGAAACGUUAGCGGUUAGCUCCCGUAUACGCGAUCGGUACGAUGAUCCGCAACUGCUGGAGGUAUCCUUCCUGCCGCUGCACAUGAACAAUCUGACCGUGCUGGACGGGAAGUGCCCACCGGGAUGGACGCUGCUAAUCGAUACCUGCUACAUGUACGUCGGAGCACCGAUGAGUUUCCGAGAGGCACGAGACUUUUGCCGUUCGGAUAACGCCUCGCUGCCCUUCAUUCACAGCGACUCGAACGCAUUGUGGAUGUUUAUCGAGCAGCAGUCGCGCUACCUGCGGAACUACGAGCGUGUUUGGGUGCAGGAUACCAACUACAUCGAUCGGUGUACGUCCUUCCUGUACCAGAACGUCGAGGUAGAGGAGUGUCACAAUCGACAUGCUUUCUUGUGUGAAAUUGAUCCUAAGGUCGAAAUUGAUCCACUCCAUUGGACGGCAAGUUUCGAAGUGAUCGCUAUUAUCGUCGCAUUGGCGUUGGUCAUUCUACUGAUCUGCGUGGUGUGUGUUUGCUGGUGCCAGAAGUCACGAUACCGACAUGCGCAGCGAUUGCAGCGACGCAAUAGCAUCCGCCAGAGCAUGCGCAGUCUCAACAGCAUUGAUCCUCAAGGAUCACUCCGAAGAAGAAAUUAUGCUAUGUCACGAUCGACGGACACGUUACGAACAGCUACAACGAACGAUUACAAACGAAUGGCCUCGAAUGGUUCGAUCGAGUCCGUGGACAAGAGUGUCCUCAGCACGGAAACCAGUUACGAUGUUUACGAUCAAAAACAGAAGCAACAGUACAAUAACGAGUACGCUGAGCAGCUGAAGAGUCAGAUCGGUUACAGCGAAAGCAAUGGCGCACCUUCCGAGUACAUUGCGAGUACAAACGGCGCAAGUCCGGCCAAGGCGAAAGUGUACGGUUUGCCUGAGUACACCAGCCACGGUGGAAGUAUUGCGCUGGAGUUAGCAUUCCGCAAUGAAGGUUUCCGGGACACGUCCACCACGUACUCCGGUGUGACCCGUAACAAUUCGCUUAGCACUGCCAUCAACGAGGAAUCACCGAUCAUACACGCACCGGGCGGAGAGGAAGAAAUCGAAGAAACAGGCUCCGAUUAUUACGGUAACUCGAGCACACUGCCGAUGCGCGUGCAGGAUAAGCUUUCCUUCCUGAACGAGCUGAAACAACAUCUGCCCGAGUACGAACCACCGACUCCGACUUCGGUUAGUCACAGCAGUUUCCAACCGCGUAAUUCUCAAACCGAAUCCCUGUCCGGUGUGUCCGGCGUCACAUCGUACGCCAUGCAGAGAAGUCCUCCGGCAAGACCUGCACCACCUCUGGGCCACGUGUACCAGCAACCGUCGAUACAGGUACGGCGACCGGCACCACCCGAACCGGAGCAAAUGCGUCGGCCCGAUUCGUACAUGAAGGCUGUGAAGAAGUACGCCACCCCCGGACGGGAACGGGAGUCCAUACUGCCACCGCCACGAUCUGACAGCCAACGGCCAAAGACGCUGUACGAGUCUUCCGGUGAGCAGCAGCCGGCUGUCUCUCCCAUCAUGGAUCCCUCGCCGACGAUGCAGUCGAGUACGAUAAGCAACUAUGCACGCUCGAAGUCGGAAGCGUUGCUGGAAACAAAUUUUGACGGUACGGGCCCAUCGCCGCCCAUGCUAAGCGCCGACAGCCGCAGUUACUCGCAACCGCUCGAAACUGCAAUGUGAGACAAGUGUUGAUGAAUGUUUUUUUUUAAAUUAUUAGUAUAAUUAGCAACGAGUCGUGCUUUCUAUGUUUGUUUUGUAAACGAAUUGUACAGCUAUAGCUUUAAGCAAACGAACGAUUUUAAAAUAAGCGAACAAAACGAUGGCCGAGUAAGGAUAAAGCAUCUACUAACGGGCACGAAUGCGCUUUACACGAAAAGCUCGCAAUCCGGUAACAUUUGUACGGUUUGGCGAUUUUCGCGGGGUGCUUUUCAGUUGAGCUUACGCGCGAUUUCUCUCUCUCAGUAGGAUAAAAAGCGGUUCUACUACAUUACAGAAAAAAACAAUCGUGAUAUGGGACGAAUAGAUUUUGGUUGGCCUUGCUUGUGAGCACACCGAAGAAUCACAGUGGAUGCAUGGUGCCUUAACGUUUCAUUCCACAUAAUGCUAGCUUUCGUUUGCCCCUUUGCCUAGUUUGGCGGUGGAGGGGUUAAGGUUAGGUUCCAUGACCAAUGAGAAAUCAUCCUUUUCGUAAUGUUACGAGACGGCUUGUGUUAAAGGAGUAUUUUUUUGAUGAAAAAUGAUAAGCCGAGCUCUAGAACGUGUUUUUGUUAAUAAAAGACAAUCGACCGUACAGAGUAGCAUAUACGCAUAUGAAAUAAUUAGAUAGAUCGAUUGGAGAAAAACGUUGUAGAUGUUGUAUUUGAGUUUUAAGUUUUACAACCUAUCUGUUCGUGUUUAGCAUAAUGUAGACUAAUCGUUCGAUUUUACGUCCAGCGAAAUAAAGAGGAACAAAAGGCAGUGCGUUGAAACAGUAUAAA